AUGUGGCUGCACGUCGACGGCUCCUGGGGCGGCGCCGUCUGCUUCUCCGCCCGCCACGCCCACCGCCUCGACGGCUGCGCGCUCGCCGACUCCGUCACCCUCACCCCGCACAAGAUGCUCGGCGUGCCCAUGACCUGCUCCUUCCUGCUGACCGGCGACCUGCGCGCCUUCCGCGCCGCCAACGCCCUCCGCGCCGGCUACCUCUUCCACGGGCCCGAGAGCCCCGACGACGUCUGGGACCUCGCCGACCUGACAAUGCAGUGCGGCCGGCGCGGCGACGCCCUCAAGCUCGCCCUCUCCUGGGUCUACUACGGCGCCCGCGGCUUCGAGCGCGCCGUCGACCACGCCUUCGACAUGGCCCUCCGCCUGACCGCCCUCGUCCGCGCCGACCCCUGCUUCGAGCUCGUCUCCCCCGACCCGCCGCCCUGUCUGCAGGUCUGCUUCUACUACGCGCCUGGCCGUCGCGCCGCCGCCGCCGCCGCCCCCGACGAGAACACGGCCCGCACGAGGGCGAUGGUGCAGCGGCUGGUGGCUCGCGGCUUCAUGGUCGACUUUGCGCCCGGCCCCCGCGGCUCCAUGUUCAGAGUCGUCGUCAACUGCCAGACGCUGUGCGGCACCGUCGACGGGCUCUUCGCCGCCUUGCAAGACGUCGGGCGCGAGGUUUGCGGCGCCGACGACACCGAGCUCUCCCCGCGCACCGGGUAG